UCCUUUGGUAGGGACGUGUCAUUACGCGCAAAAUCUUCUGUGUCGCAUUCAGAGGAUGGAGGACGUGUCCCGGGCUCGCUCAUUUUGACACAUUGAAUCUCACAUCUUAUUUUCACAGAUUCUGUUUCAUUGUGCUCAUUUCGUUUCAUAACUCUUUCAUUUUCCUCCAUGGACGUUCAAGGAUGUAAUGACGCAGCCGAACCCGAGGGAGGCAGUAACGCGUCAAUAAGAUGCAAUCGACGUUUUGACGUGUGCCGGAAGUAAAAAAGUAAUAAUAAUCCAAAUAAACACGUUAGCAAGACUACGUGGUAAGAUCCAGUCGUUGCGUUCAUUACCCUUUGCUGUGGAUUCAGUUGCUAUUUGGUAUACGUCACAAUAUUAAACGUACUUGGAGAUUAAUGAUCGGUUCAAGUCGUCUCGCUCUCCGUUGAAGCUCCUCAAACUAGCUUAGCUGGCAGCCGUUGUCGCGCGAAGAUGUGCAAAGUGGAGAUGCUGAGAGCCUUGCUGAGCCAGCGGCUCAAUGCGGCCGUCGAAGAAAUUCUGCUCGUCUUUGAAAGAACAAUCGCAGAGUACGAGGACGAACUUUGUCGGACCAAAGAGGAGAACGAGAGGCAGCGGCAACUGCUGGACGCCCUUUUCAAAAAGCCGACACACCUCCCAGACGUCAGUGAAGAAGAUCUUCAUGGCGAGCGUCCGGAGCGAGAAGAGCCGGAGCCGGAGCCGGAGCCGCCUUACAUCAAAGUGGAAGAGGAGGGCGGGCACCCGCCGGGGUCGGACUUCUCGGUGUAUCGCGUCGUCGUAAAGAGUGAAGACGACGAGGACAGAGGUCAGCGAGAGGAGAGCGGAGCGGCGGAGCCGCCCGGCGGCAGCUCCGCUUUCGGGCGGCGAAAGCGGAGCGCCGCUCGGCGCCGCUCUCAGACAGCGGCGACACCGCGUCCGACACCGACGACGAGCGCUCCAAAGGGGACGUGUUUUACUUUUCAGUCGGCGCUCUUCCAACACAUGGAGACGCACUUCGGGGAGAAACCGCAAUGCCCUCAGUGCGACAAAACCUUCGGCAACAAGAGGAAUCUGAUCAGACACAUGCGGCGUCACACGGGAGAGAAACCCUGCGUGUGCUCCUUCUGCGGCGAACGCUUCUCCCUCAAGAGAAGUUUGAUACGGCACAUCAGAACACACAUCGGAGAAAAAACCUUCUCCUGCACCGUCUGCAACACGACUUUCUGCUAUCAGUCGGGUUUGAGCAAGCACAUGAAGAAACACGCCGGCGAGAAAGCUGAAGUCAAGUGCGGCGAUGUGGCGUGA